ACUUGACCUUCCCGAAAGUCUCCUGAGCUUCACAGCUAACCCAAUAUAUGUAAGAGUUUAUUGCGCCCGAUAAGUAGAAGUUUGAGAGAUAUAUUAUUCGCUCGAGGAUAUUAAACCGAAAUAUAUACCUCGUCAAACGUUCCUGGGGUGGUUUUUAAAGAUCUAUCUUGUCCCGUUUACCUUAUCCACUUUACCGAGAGAAAAUAAGACCUUGCUGGGAUAAAGAUAAAAGGAAAUACCACCAUGUCAGAGUGGGCAGAGCAAUGCGACCUGACAGUUCGCAAAAUUCUGCGACGCGGAUUCUCGAUCGAUUGUUUGUACAGAAUGACCAGCAUUGAGCUUGGAAAGGAGCUUAAGACCGGCGUUAUUCUAGUAAUAUCAACUGGCAAUCGCGCGGUUUACAAUAUUGACUAUCGGGAUCCGGGGAUCAGAGAAGGGCUCUUUAAUAUGGCACAAUUUGGAUUGAAUGAAAAAAUGAUUUUAUAUGGAUUGGGUUUUCACUUCAAGAGAUUUGAUUAGCCCCUGUUACUGAAGUAGUUAAAGGAUAUUGAUAUGUGCUUGGAUCUAUUGGAGUAUAGGAGGGAUUGGUGCUGAAAUAGGGGCAUAUUCCUAACUGUUAUUACGUUAUAAACCCGACGCCGCGGUGGAUUGUCUCUAGUC